GCAGCGGGAGGAGGGGCUGUAGCCGCGUCACGUGGUCCGCUCUCGUCUCCUGUAAACAUACGGCUACGGCGAGGGAGGCGACUUCUUGGUUUUUAGCGAAUAUAAAGUGCGCCCGGUGCAGGCAUAUGACUAGUUUAAGUCAAAUAUAACAUUGCGAAUAUGCAUAUGGCUAAAUGUAAUAUGGAAAGCUUCGUAGUACCUGGUUUGGGAACCAAAAAGUAACGCCUGCCCUAAUUUGGACGAGCGACACGCCGAAGUACUAGUCUUAACAUUAACAAACAGAAAUGGAUCAAUUUGGCUGCCAAAUGAGCGGCGGCGGUGGCGGCGGAGGGGACAGCAGCGGGCCCGACCAACCCGGGGUGAUCACACUGGAGGACCUGGAGUCUUUCUCGGAAGACCAACUGACAGACUCGGGCAACGGCAGCCUCGAAGAAGAAGGAAAAGCUAUGGAGGAAGACGACUCAGAUCAACUGCUGCAAUAUUGGCAGAACGUAGCGAGGGGGCACCAAGUGGAAGUUUCACAAGAAAUGGCAGAGCCCAUUCAACAGCUAACCACCAACAACCAAGGACGCAGUAACAGAGAACGCAUCCCUUUCACUCUCCUCACACGCAAAGAGAAGUGUGGGGAGCUGCUGUAUGAGAAACGUCAUUACGAAAAGGGCUACUGGGCUUGUAUAACAAUGCAUGAGGACACUUAUGAACAGAGCAUCUGCUAUGGUUUCAUGAGGUUAAUGAGAUACAUCUGCCAGCAGAACACCUUGGGUGACUACCUCGGCAUGACACUGCCCAUCAUCACAGUGGUGCGCACAAAUGAGAACCAUUCUGUGGUGGCCCAUGACGUCACUGUGGCCUAUUUCCUUCCCUAUGAGUAUCAGGCCCAGCCCCCACAACCUCAAGACGAUGAGAUCACCAUAGAGUUAUGGCCCGCCACUACUGUAUACACAAGGCCAUUUACUGGUCCCACCAAUGAAGUGACCAUCAUUAAUCAGAUCAAUGCCAUGGUUGAGCAGCUGGACUCUCCUGGUGCGUACGUCAAUGACUCGUUCAUUGUGGCUGGUUACACCAACCCCGCUCACAUCAACCGUCAGAAUGAGAUCUGGUUCCUAGAGCGACGCUGAGGCAGAAGAAGAUGCAGCAUAUUAAGCAAAUUAUCUGUGACCCUUGAGUUGCAAAAGGCUCCCUUAACACUGCUGCAGCUCAGCUACAGCCUCAACCGUUAGUCAACACACCUCUACCUGAAAUGACCACCUGAAAAAAAACCUUUCAAAAAAGCCUUUACUCUACCCUCAGUGAACUUUCAAUCAUGUUCAUUUAGACAGAUCUUAAUUUCGCCAAUAAAAAGUGGGACCAAACCAACUGCCAUACUCUCAUGGACACAACUGUAGCCUAUGUUAAGGUGAAGCAUAGCAUUUAACUCCUGCUCUUACAUUGAAGUGGCUAAAAACAAAACUUCACUCAGCACUGUGCCCUGAAAUAGUUAGUGCUCUAUAAACACAGUGAACAUUGUUUGCUGUCAGAAACACGCAACAGCCUGUCUUUUCACAGCAGAAGAGGGUUUUUAGUGGACAUGCAUAUCGUGCUCCAUUUCUUUUUGUUGCACAGCUACAAUGUCUUGUCAUGUGGUAUUAAAGGUUAAUACACACAAACACUAGUUUGUCAUUCUCUAGCUUUUCUGAGGUAAUUUAACUUGAUUGAUCCAUUGUUUCUUUAUCUCUGGACUACAUGAUUUACAGGUUACAUUGUGACACAACACACUGCAUAAACAGUUACAUUGUUCCAUCAGUAGGGCAAUAUUGACCAGAUAACCAACAAUAAAUGAGCCAGCGAUUAAAGUAGCUGGGCCACUAACAUAACCCAAUCUAGCGGUUGGUAUGGUGAGAUGGGGAGUGGAUCUGCAACAUGCAACACAACUCGAUAGACAUCUAGACCAGAAGUGGUGGUUUAAAUCCAUGAAUAAGGUCAACACAACAGGUGACACUAACUUAGAAAAUAAACACACAUGAAUAUAACAUGUUAAUGUGUGUUUGUGUGAAUGUACAGCUACAGCGUAAAAACAAAUAAAACACUUCUACAAACUAAACACUAAAAAUUAACUCAUUGAUUUUACAGCUGAAUGACAAUCAUACAGUACGUAUAUAUUAUAUACAUCCUUUUCUCUUAAGAAAAUGAUGGAAGUUAAUGCAUUCCUUGUUACACAUCUAUUCUCACAUGGGCACAGUUACUUAUGUAAAUCUUUCUCAUGCUCUUUCUUCUUGCUACUGUUAGUGAAUAUGCAUUCCAAUUGCAAACACCACUGUUGCUGAGUAAAGACAACACUACCAAGAAAAAAUAAAGCGAGCAGAGAAUUUCUCUACUGUGAUUGUGUUCUAUGCUAAAUUCUAUUUUAUUUCAAAUCUGUUUGUAAUGUUCUAUCACCAAUCUAAAGAGAGUAAAAGUAGUAAUAAGAUUAUCUUCACUAUAUUUUUAAUUAAAAC